GUCUAAUGUUUAUUGGUGUGCAAACUGUAGAUGCAUUUUAUUCUUAAUUGUUGUAUUAAGAACAAAACAAUAAGUUAGCGCAAACUAAUUAUUGUUAUUAAGAGUACAUUUUAGAAAUGUAUGUUUGAGUGGGUUUGUCUGUAUACUCCAAAUGGUCAGUCUGAAUAAGCACCUUUAAAAGAUCUAACACCUUUUAUUUUGUUUUCACACCUCUGAGGGCACUUCUGUUGUACUGGCCAUGGCUGAGUCUAUGAAAAACAAUGGUUGUGGAUCUAACCUGAGACCCACUACAGAACGGCAUGGAACAGAACCUCCAAAUGUAGCCAUUGAUCAGAUGAUGGAAAAUCUGAAUGCAUAUUUGGACAAAAGGCUGGAGAUAAGGACAUGCCAUGAUGACAUCUGUAGCAAAUACAGUAUCAAGCACUCAGAGAGUGGACAAUGGGCUUUGCCAGACAUCAAAAGGGCUUAUGGAAAGAUACAGCAGUUAAGGACAAACAACAGAAAAGAUGGAUGGUCUGUGAUUUUGCUCAUACAAAUUCAACAGCACCUGCAGAAGUGUGAGAUGGACAAACUACAAUGUGAGAUUGAAGCUGAGAAGGCUAAGGUUCGAGCAUUAGCUGAACAACUGGAAAAUGAAGAGAAAGAUAAAGAACGUCUGUUAAACCAGAACGAGAUGAUGUUGAAUUUGAUUUGCAAACAAAUGGAAUCAAAAGACUGUUUUAUAACAAGGACAUCAACUAAAGAAACUAGCAGCUGCAACAAGCAAGUAACUGAACAACAAGAUACUGAAAAUCAACAACGAAUGGCUCUGCUGAGAGAGCUACCACAUGAUCACUGUGAAAGCGGUGAUUUAGAUAGAGAGACUAAAUCACCUAUUCACACCUUUGUCCCAAAGAGCAGAUCUAUGGUCAGACUCGCUCCUGUUAUUGUCAAAAACAGAAGGACUGAAAUUGAAGUUGUCAAUGAGGAGGAGUAUGAGGAGGAUGGAGAGAGACGAACUCGCACUGUGACAAAAAUGGUGAAGAAAUAUGUUCCACAUAGAACAUACCAGCCCGCAACACCUGAGCAGAUUGACAAAUGGUCAAGGGAACUGCCAGAUGUAUACAAGCAUCCACGGAAGGUUUGGCAAGUUCUACAAAGACUGCACAAAAUCUACUCACUACAUCCAUUAGAUGGAGUAGUCAUUCUCAAUCUCAAUUUGAGGGAGAGUGACCAAAACAGGCUAACUGAAAGUGUCAAAAUCAAAGUUGGUGAGUCUCAAGAGAACAUUGAAUCUGGAUGGGAAGCUGUAAAGACUUUCUUAUUUGAAUUAUAACCUGCAGAGAUUAAUUGGGG